CAUUCUAAAUUUGCCAGACCAUGUUCAUCUUCCUUUACCAAGACAAGACAAGAAGAAAGAAGAUGCCAAACCACCACCUUCUCUGCAUUCUCUCUCCUUCUCUCUCCCUCCUCUUCUUCUUCUUCGCCUCCUUCUCCGGGAGCUUUCAUGGCGUCCUCUCCCAUUUCUCGGCCAUUUGCGACCCUCACUCACCCCCGUUCCUAUGCGGCGGCGUCGAAAUCGGAUAUCCAUUCUGGCACGCCACCGACGACGGCCCCGUGCACUGCGGCUACCGGAGCUUCGGCCUCGAUUGCCCGCACGGCGGCACCGUUCGCCCGACCCUCUCUCUUCAGGGCCACACCUACUUCGUCCCCUAUAUCAACUACGACAACAAGACCCUAACUCUUCUCGACGCCGACAUCGUCUUCCCCAACCCGGGAUGCCCCAGGGCCCGCCACAACCUCACGCUAGACUCGCUCCCGUUUGAAUACAGCUCCGCCGACGUCAACCUCACCUUCUUCUUCAACUGCACAGCUCCUGUGGCAUCGUCCAUCCACGCCGUGCCCAUCGAUUGCUUAGGAUCCGAUGACAAACAGUCAUACGUGCUCGUGAACACGAGCCCGGAGGAGGCGGCGGCGUUUGACGAGGACUCGGGCUGUGAGGAUGCGGUGGUGGCGGUGGCGAAGGGGAGUGAGGUGACGGCAGCGAACGUGGCGGAGGAGUUGUUCCGGGGGAUGAACGAGGUGUUCGUGUUGAACUGGACGAAGGCGAAGGACUGCAGCAAGUGCGAGCACUCCGGAGGGCGGUGCGCGGUCGACGAGAACGAGCUGUUUCAGUGCUUCUGCGACGACGAGACGAUCCACACCGACGGUUCGUUUUGCAAAGGAAACAAAAAGAUCGGUCUCAAAGUUGGAAUAGGGAUGGUUGCAUCAGUCGCUGGAAUUGGGGUCACCAUCAUGUUGCUGCUUCCCUUCAGGAAGAAAUCACUAAUCCGAAGAAUAAUGGCUUUGGUAAUGCAGAGGAGCGAACAUUUCGAUGGCGGAAUGAAAAUUGAGGGACUUGCGUCUUCAAGAAGAUACACCUACAAAGACAUCAAGAGGAUGACCAACUCUUUUGGAGAAAAGUUAGGCCAGGGAGCCUAUGGCUGCGUAUACAAAGGCAAGCUUCAAGACGGUCAACUUGUGGCGGUGAAGCUUCUAAAGAAGCUGAAAGGCAAUGCAGAAGAAUUUUUCAAUGAAGUUGCGAGCAUAAGCAGGACUUCUCAUGUCAAUGUGGUCAGCCUCCUCGGGUUCUGUUUUGAAGGAAGCAAAAGAGCUUUGAUUUAUGAGUUUAUGCCUAAUGGAUCGCUCGAAAAGUUCAUAUUUAACAGGAGUGACACUGUGGAGGUUGAUCAACAAUUGAGUUGGGACACCUUGUAUAAGAUUUCGCUUGGCAUAGCUCACGGGCUGGAGUACUUACACAGAGGAUGCAACACAAGGAUCUUGCAUUUUGACAUAAAGCCUCACAACAUUCUCCUCGACAGAAACUAUUGCCCCAAGAUUUCCGACUUCGGUCUUGCCAAAAUAUGCCCUAGAGAAGAGAGCACCGUGUCAAUGCUAGGUGCUCGGGGCACCCCUGGAUACAUUGCUCCGGAGCUGAUCAUGAGGAACAUUGGAGGGGUUUCUCACAAAUCGGAUGUGUACAGCUAUGGCAUGAUGGUUCUCGAGAUGGUCGGCGGGAGGAAAAACAUCGAAGUCACGGUAGAUCAUACCAGUGAAAUAUACUUCCCUCAUUGGGUCCACCAACGCCUAGAGCUCCAAGAAGAGCUUGGACUACAUGGGAUAACGAAUGAGGAGGAGGAAGGAAUCGCUAAGAAGAUGAUUGUAAUAAGCCUAUGGUGCAUUCAGAUCGAUCCGAGAGGUCGACCAUCUAUGACCCAAGUUGUGGAGAUGCUAAAAGGAAGUGUUGAGGCCUUGCAAGUUCCUCCCAAACCAACAUUCUCAUCUCCCUCAAGAUCACUUGCAACUUCUCCUGGUGAAAUUUUGUCUAACUCGAGUUGGGGUUAAUUCAAAGUC